AUGGCGGCAUGCGAUCUUCGCUUCAAUUCACGGCGUUCUGUAGUCGUAUGUAAGAACGGCUGUGUAGCAUGUUCUCAACCUUUGGCGGCGCAAAUAGGAGUAGAUAUACUGAAAUCUGGUGGAAAUGCAGCAGAUGCUGCUGUUGCAGUAGCAGCUGCACUCAAUGUUACGGAGCCAUGCAGCACAGGAAUUGGGGGAGAUGCGUUCUGUCUGUUCUAUAAUGCAAAGAGUAAGAAAGUGCAUGGGCUGAAUGGAAGUGGAGGGUCUCCGGCUGCUCUGACUUUAGCACAGGCGCAGAAAGAUGGAUUCGCUUAUCCCGAUUGGUCCCAUAUUCCUCGUAACCAUGGACACAGCGUGACUGUUCCGGGCGCUGCCGCUGCUUGGGUAGAUACUGUUGAGAAAUAUGGAAGUGGAAAGCUGAAACUGUCAGAGAUCCUCCAGCCUGCCAUACGCUUGGCAGAGGAGGGAUUUCCAGUUCAAAAAUUGACUUCUUAUUUUUGGAGGCAAGGGGUAGAGAGCGUCCUGUCACAAGCUGGCAACACGCACGGCAAAGACAUGAUGAUUGAUGGAAGAGGUCCACGGCAAGGGGAGAUAAUGAAGAUGCCUUUACUUGCUAACACAUUCAGGGAGCUCGGCAAGAAUGGAAAAAGUGCGUUUUACUCCGGUAGAAUAGCCCAAGCUAUUGUGGAUGUUGUCCAGAAAUUCGGAGGCGUGAUGACCUUGGAAGACUUGGUCAAUCAUAAUACGACAUUUGACGAUCCAAUCAGUGUGGACUAUAAAGGAUGUCGCGUGUGGGAGAUGCCCCCUAGCGGCCAGGGAAUAACAGCCUUAAUGGCCCUCAACGUUCUGGAGGGAUUUGAUUUAAAAAGCAUGGGGCAUAACUCUGUCGACUAUCUACACACUUUGAUUGAAGCUAUACGACUAAGCUUUGCUGAUACUCAGAAGUUUUGUUCCGAUCCGUCUGUGGUCAAAGUUCCCAUAAAGAAGAUGCUGUGUAAGCAAUAUGCUGCUGAGAGACGGACACUAAUCGACCCUAAAAGACACACGGCGUUCUCAUCGGGCCUUGACUGGUCUGGCGGUGACACAGUCUAUUUCUCCGUAGUCGAUCAGGAAGGAAACGCUUGUUCUUUUAUCAACAGUAAUUACAUGGGAUUUGGCACAGGCUUUGUACCUGAGGGUUGUGGCUUUACACUACAGAACAGAGGAACUAACUUCAAUCUAGAACCUGAUCACGCCAAUAUCCUGUCGCCAAAUAAACGUCCUUACCACACCAUUAUCCCUGCGAUGGUCACUUCUUCAAACACAGGUGACCUUCUGGCCUGUUACGGCGUCAUGGGGGGAUUCAUGCAGCCCCAGGGCCACGUCCAAGUCCUCCUCAACAUGCUGGAGUUUGGAAUGGACCCUCAGUCGAGCUUGAAUCAGCCACGCUUCUGUGUGGGGAAGGGACACCAACCUGGAAUGACGGGCCUGUCUUUGGAGGAAGGAAUCAGCACUGAAGUUGCAGAAGAGCUUAAGAACAGAGGACACGACGUGAUGUUUCCCGUUAGUGGCUAUCCGAGGUCAUUGUUUGGUCGGGGUCAAGUGAUUACUCAAGGUGCUUGGUGGAGUCAGGAUUCAACCAAUCAGAUGAUUAGCAGAAGCAGUGACGUAUAUUGGGCGGGAACUGAUCCGAGAGCAGAUGGCGUUGCAUUGGGCUAUUGACAACUUAUGUAGUUUGUGUUGAUAAACCGCCAUACCUUUGCCAUAAGUACCAUUUGCCCAAAUUUGGAAAUAGUGGGUG